CGUGUGCAUAAUUUUGUGUGUGGAUAUUUGUUUUCGGGUGGCUAUCGAAGAUGUCCAGGUCUAGAUGGCAGUGGUCUAUUGCUAUCAUCUUCAGUAUUGACAUACUUGCAGGUGCAAUACGUAUUACUUCCAAGCCCGAAGACAUCACAAAAGUGCUGCAAGGGACGUUGAACUAUAAUGUGAGCUGGUACUGGGACAUUACACCACCGGCUACGAUAUCUAUUCGUGUGGCUGAUAUUCUUGUCAAGGGUGUUAAGAUUGGGGUAUUGGCCGACGGAUCCCCUCCAACUUCAGCAGUUUUCACCGAUUUUAAAUCUCGGUACAGCCUCAGUACAGCGACGUUCAACCCCAUAACACUUACCAUUAAAGAUGUCAAGCCUCAAGAUGCUGGGGAGUAUGCGAUGACCUUGGCAGAUAAUGGCGGAGAAACUACCUACGAGGCGUCAAAAUUUACCCUGGAUGUAUUGGUUCCCCCUAGUGUCACUCAUGCAAACAUAACGGUCAACAAGACAAACACCGCAGUACUCAUGUGCAGCGCCACAGGGAACCCAACACCUAACGUGACCUGGACCAGGAGCGGAAAAGAGGAUGUUCUGGGGACUGGGGAGACUCUUACCUUCAGCGAUGUCAAGAUAUCGGACGGGGGGUGCUACGUGUGUACCGCCACUAAUAACAUCGGGAGUGGAGCAAGUGGUACCGUCUGUCUUACCGUGCCAUAUAAGCCAGUGCACACAAACAUCACGGGAGUGGAAAGCUACAACGUUCGUCAAUGCGGAGCUGCGAUUUCCUUGACCUGUUCAGCGGUUGGUGAACCACAACUGAUUACCUACCACCUCUACAUGGACAAUCUACUGAUCAGAAAAAACAACGACGGAGUGUUUCACAAUAUCAUAUUAGAUGCAGUAGAAAGACAUCUCCUCACCUGUGUUCCUAUCAAUGACGCUGGAGUUGGAGAAAACAGAUCUGUGAGCGUGAACGUGACAGAAAAAUUACCGACAAUUUCUAUAACACAUUUAAGAGCUACAGUAAAUGAGGGGUCAGUGGUUGUGUUUACGUGUUUAGCGAUUGGAUUCCAGAGCCUCAAGAACUUCUGGAAGAAGGAUGGCGUCUUCAAGGGCGAUGGGAGCUCUCUUACGUUAUCAUCUGUCGGGAGGGAUGACAGUGGCAACUAUACCUGUAACGUCACUAGUACAUGUGGGACGACGAUAAAAACGGCCUCACUAGAUGUCAUUUACAAACCAGAAAACACGACCCUUGUGUCCAAUUCCACCCUCGGAUGCGUUGGCGACAUUGUCAUGUUGACCUGCUCUGCUGACGGCAAACCCUCCGACGUGACGCACUCGCUUGCCUUGGAUGGAGAGCAUCUACACGCGAGUGAGGCUGGUAUUUUUCUAGUUACCCUGGAGAGGCCUGGCUGGAAUAACUUAACUUGCAUUCCUAGCAAUACCGCGGGAAAGGGGGAGGAAGCAGAUAUCAGCAUUUUCGCAUCAGUGCCUCCGUUGGUUGCCGAGUUUUCCUCAAGCGAGGUUACGAUUAUGGAGGGCCAUCCAGCCAAGUUAAUGUGUAACGUCACUGGCUCACCAGUUCCAAACGCGACUUGGUACAAACUAGGCUUUGAAGGAUGGUAUCACAGUGGGCCGAUGCUUGUUCUGUCAAAGAAAAACGACGCAGGCAGCUACAGAUGUAUUGCGACUAAUGAAGCUGUCUGCAAGAACACGUCUACCUCAGACUGGAUCAAUGUCACUUUCAAAUAUAUAAGGUUUAUCAAGCCUCUUCAAUUAUGCCCUAAAAAGGGGACUUCAAGUGUCAACAUCACCAUGGAAACAGACCUUGAUGAAAGCCCGGAUGUUACGUGCAGCACCGGUAGAGCCUCGAUCGUCAGCUUUCCAAACAGUCAACAGGGACGCAAGAAUGCCACAUACGCGAUCGGUGUUAAACACGGAGAAAACGUCACAUGCUGGGUCGACGAUUAUCCCCAAGAGAAGGUCAUCUUUUACUUGGGUAAAGUCACGAAGACCGUCAUGUCUUUCAAGAUACUAAACAGAGAGAUUAUGAUUGUGGAUGGUAGACACAACGUGAGCUCCGCAGAUUGGCGGAAUAUAAACCAAUUGGUUGUCGACACACUGGAUUCUUGCCUGCGCGACUUCAAUAUCACAUUCAGGUCUGGAAGUGUCGUAGUCGAUGUGAUGUACACUCUGAUGGGUGAUGUGUUAGAUCCACCUGCAUUAUUUAAGCAACAGUUACUCGAACAUGCCACAAAAUACAACUUCAACAUUGACCCUGGUAGCAUUCAACCGCUGCAAUCGGUACCUGACCCGUUUCCCACAAUAGAUGACGUCAUACCUACGCAAGACGGCAUAACAGUCACGUGGUUGAACCCAUCUAGUGAAGGCCAGUGCACGAUGCGUGCUAGGGUCCUAGCUGGGAGGUCACGUGACUGGGUGACGUCGUCAGGCUCUAGUAGUUCAGCCUCGCUGUCGUGCGUGUUGGAUGAUCUUGAGCCUGACACUCUGUACGAGGUGGAGGUCACCGUGUCGGUGCGGGGAGACACGAGGCGUGACACGGUGUACAUCAGGACCACCCCCACAGCCGUCAAGAUUGAGGGCCAGGACUCGGCCAUUGUUGGUCUCGCUGUGGUGGUCGCCAUCUUGGUCUUGGUCAUCAUUGGGCUGAUAGCCUACGUCAUGUGGCUAAAACGAGCAGGAAAAAAGUCAAAAAGAGACAGAACUCUCGAACAUGCUGAUAACACAGGCUUCUCACCUGAGCAAAUACCAAUGCAAGGGACUUCGUUUAACUACCAAGCACAGGAUAAAGCCAUGGAAUACCAGGUAGCUCAGGAAGUCAUGCGUGACAACAUCCCAAACUACGAGGACGUCACACAAGGGGGAAAUUUCACGCAACACGCCUCGGAGGACACAACACCACGUGGUCAUCAUUCUGUGGCCAAUGAGCAGUGUGCAACCGUAACGCAAGGGGACAAUAUCACGCAAUAUGGAGCCAUGGGUGGGUUUCCGUCACGUGAAUCUGACAUUCUGGCCAAUCAGCAAAAUAAUGCCAUCGUUGGCACGAAGAGCAAAGUGGCAACUAACAACGCUUGUCACAAAGGCGAGGCAAGCUAUGAGAACAUAAGAAAACGAGGUUUACCACCAACAGUAUACCAAUCUCUGCAGACAAUAAAACAACAGAGCGAGAAUGCGCAGUACGCCUCGUUGAAUAUUGGGACACGCAUAGCGACCAUGCCUGGUGAUAGGGACGAGAGGGGAGUGGGUUCAUUGAAAAGUGGGAGUGAGUACCAGGAGUUGGACAGAGCUGCCGUCUCGUAUUCGUGUUAUGAGCAGAUUGGCCCGAAUAAAACAACAAUAAAUUAUAAUUGAUAGAGACGUUUGCUUAUCCGAGUGUAUAGAUUAAUGUUAAUGUGAUGCAUGUAUAGAAUGAAUAAAUCCUUAACCGCGGCACUAGUGCUUCCAAGAAAUACCCGUUUUUAUUAGUCUGUUGUGAGAAUUUAAAAUGACUUGAUCUGUUGACAGUUUAUAUUAAAAAGAUUUAUAUUACAAAUACUGAAAAAUAAAGUACGCAAAACUGUG